AUGGUCCCUGAGUACUAUGCGAUCUUGGGCUAUAAGAAUAGUCUUAGAAAGACAGACCCUCUCUUUGUCCGCAUGUAUGAAACCAUGCCAAAGAACUUGUGUAAGCUAAGAGAAAUCCAAGAGGAUUAUGUGGCCUUGGAGGAACUCAAAGAUGGAACUUAUGACAAGAUGGAAAAACGAGCUAGUAGAGGAGCAAAUGUGGUAGAGCCACAGAACCCUCAGGCGCUAGCCCACGGAGCGGGGCGAUCCAACAGUGGAUCAACCCAGUUGGAAAAGCAUCGGACUGGAGGAUGGAAAGGGCGAGACCAGGCCCAACAAAAAAAGGGGAAGUUCGUAGACGUAGUCUACACGAAGCUAAACACCCCCAUGUCCGAGAUCCUCAAAACGAUCGACGGAAAACACAAAAUAAUUUACCCAUGGAACAGAGGCCAACAACCAGAACGAACUAAAAAUAGAACUGACUUCUGCGAGUUCCACCAGUUCCACAGCCACACAACAGACUCGUGUAGGGACUUAAAGAAGGUACUGCAAGAUAUGAUCAACGAGGGGAAGCUCCAAGAAUACAUCGCACAACCAACAAUUCCGCCUACCGCCGGGGCACCCAUACAUCGGCGAAUCCACAAACGAAACUUUAAAGGUGAUGAAGUUUUCAGUGUAGCCAGAGAACCUCCAAUGGAGGAAUGGAUGAAAUUGCCUAUUAGCUUUUCAGCCUCGGAGGCACCUGAUGGAGGACGAAACCAUAACGAUCCACUGGUGGUCACGAUGGCCAUUGCACUCCCCGAGCACGAGGGGGAGGAAGGAAAUCCCAAAGCGCUACCAUGGGCACUGCCCAGAAUCUUGAUCGACGAAGGUAAUUCUGUCGAAAUUUUGUUCUAUGAAACAUUCAAACAAAUGGGUCUCAGGGACAAGUGUCUCAUACCCUCUGUUUAUAACAUAUUUGGCUUCAACGGGUCAUCAACCCGCCCAAAGGGCGAGGUAACGUUAGAAAUCCAGGUGGGAAAAAUCCUCACCCUAACCACGUUCCGUGUGAUAGAUGUACUAUCACCCUACACAGCCAUUGUCGGGCGAUCCUGGGUCCACGGGAUCAAAGGAGUGGCCUCGACUUACCAUCAAAGGAUAAUAUUCCCUACGCCUGAUGGAGUGGCAGAAAUCAUUGGAGACUCCGGCGAAGCAAAACACUGCUACAAAACGGGAGUUCAGAACGACGAGAGAAAAGUAAACUCUGCCAGAGCAAAAGAAGCGAGCUAA